AAGAAGUUUACUGCUGUAGUGUACAGUACUGACAAGUGACCAAGUGCAAUAAAGAAAAUUGAUAUUCGGAUUAUGUUAUAUAUUUUUUAGAAACAUUCGUUUAUACCAAUAAUUUGAAUUAAUUUUUGUUUGUUUUUAACGUUCACAAACUCUAACCAUUCAAUAUUUUCGUCUAAUAUGAUAAAUAUUUAUGUGUCGUGUAAAAUAUAAACUUUUUUAUAUUUGUUUUAAAAAAAAAAUAAUCAUAAAGAUAUUAACUAUGUAGUUAUGUAAUUAUACGUAAAAAGUUAAACGCGUUACCAAAUUGGAGGGUUGGAAUACUAUUGUGUGUUAACAAAAUUAUUGACAACAUGGGAACAAUAGCCACUGAAGAAUUUGAUCUCAUGAAGGAUUCAAAAUAUCGAAUGUAUGUUAAUGCUGUUGAUAAAGCACUGAAAAGUUUUGAAUAUACAAGUGAAUGGGCAGAUUUAAUAUCUGCCCUAGGAAAAUUAAAUAAGGUACUUCAAAGUUAUACUAGGUAUCCAGUAAUACCACGAGGUAUAAAAAUCAGUAAACGACUGGCACAAUGUAUGCACCAUGCUCUCCCAUCUGGGGUCCAUUUAAAAGCACUUGAAACAUAUGACAUUAUAUUCAAAUGUAUGGGCACUAAUCGAUUAAGCCAAGACCUUUUUAUUUAUAGUGCAGGUUUAUUUCCUGUAAUGGGAUAUGCUGCUAUGAAUGUUAGACCAGAUCUUUUGAAUAUUUAUGAAAAUCAUUUUGUACCAUUGGGAGAGAGAUUAAUUCCAGGAUUAAAUGGAUUUCUUAGUGGAGUAUUACUUGGUUUAGAAGAAGGCUCUGAUUUUUUUGACAGAACAAAUCGUUUAUUAGACAAUGUAUGUGCUGGUGUUGGUGCUCCAAUAUUUUUUAGUCACUUGUGGGAAUGUUUAGCUAAUAAUUUAGCAGUUAGACUUCCAGCUAUCUUAUAUAUAUUAUCCCGAUUUGAUCGAAAAUUGUUGAUUGAAAAUCAAAGUCAUAUAAUGGGUACUAAUAUUGAUACAAUGGUGACUGCUAUAUGUGCUUGUGUUCAAGAUUCUAUGGUUUUGGUUCAAAGAAGUGGUUUAGAUUUAUUACAAAUUGGCUUCCCAAUGCAUAGCACACAACUAUCUAAAAGUGAUAUGAUUCGUCUUGUUACUGCAUCUUUAGUAACUAUACUUCGUAGAGAUAUGUCUUUAAACAGGCGUCUAUAUGCUUGGUUACUUGGUAAUGAAGUUAAUUUAACUUUAUUAAAUUCAGAUCACCCUUUAGUAAAACUAAGGAAAGCACGAGAAUUAACUACAGUAAAAUAUUUUGAAAUAUAUUCCAGGGAUUUACUUGUACAGGCUAUAAAAAUCAAACUUCAUGAAGCAACUGGUUGUAAGCCUCAUGAUUUACGUCCAUAUAGGCUUCUUGUUUCUUUAUUAGACAAAACUGAAAUUGGUCCGGUUAUUUUAGAUGAUAUUUUAUAUGAAGUUUUUAGACUUCUUUAUUUGUGUUGCCAAAAGGACAACAAAAUUGACAAAUCAUCUGAAUUAAUAAAAUCAGCAAAUUUAUUAUUUAGUUCCUUGGAACCAAAAUAUUUAUGGGAAUAUACAGGUAUUAUGUUUUCAAAUGCAUGUCAAUCUCUAACCAAGAUAGACCAAUGUGAAGAAGUAUCAGAUGUUGUUAAAUCUGUUGGCAGCGGUGAAUUAAGUCUUGUAGAAAUAUGCUCUCUGACUGAUUUCUUAUUAGAUGCUAUAUCAUUUGAAACAUUUACUGAAACACCUAGUGAACAUUUACUUGAAUUAUUCAUUCAUAUUGCCAAUACACUAACAGAUCAUUGUGAUAUGUUAACUUCAGAUCAAGCGAGCACAUCAUUAAUGUUAUUUUUGAAAAUACUGUCUAAAGUUCAACCAACAUUAUUACCUCAAACCGACCUAGGGUACAGUUCAUUGGACCAAACUACUGAUUUACCAAAAAAAGCCACUGAACCUGGUAAAAUUGUCCAACUAAAUGUAGAUGGACCAAAAAUAAGUGGUGUUAAACGAGCUCAGUCUCCAAAACUUAGAACCAUAUCUGAUACUUCCAGUCUUCAGUCGGAUUCAACAAUUAUUGCUGAUAAUCCUUCAAUAGAUUUACAUUCAGAUACAACUAGUGGAGUAUUUGAUGGUGAUUCUUUAAAUUCAGCUCUGUUGAUUCAAAAUUGUAACCAAAAAGAACAACAAAGUAUUUAUAAAUCGUGUAUAAAACAGUAUGAAAAAUUCUUUGUUACUUUUAUUUAUGGUGUAAGAGCAAAUAUAGGUGAAACAAAAGGUUUGUCAGUAUUAAUGGAUGCCUUAAAGGUAAAGUCACCUCAAGCAACUGCUGAAGAUCGAGCAAGAAACUUAGAAGACCUCUUGAAAACAGUGCUUAAUACACAAAAACACACAUAUGAUGAAAACUAUGAAUAUGCAGGUGCUGAUGAAAUUUCACCUUUAACUAUCUUAAACAAUAAACGCAGUGCUGGAAUUGAAUGGACAAAACCGGUUAUGUUAGCAUGUAGAGUAUUAGUGGACAUAUCAACAUUUCAAGCAAUUCCAUUAUCUGAUUCAACAACAUCAUUAGUGUCUUCUAUUGAUAUAAAAGAUUUAAAUAAUGAUGUUUUACCAGAAUGGUUAAAAUUAAUAAUUGUGUGUUGUUGCUGGUUAGGAAAUACUGCACCAUCUUUACAACUUGUGACUAUUGGAACUUUAGUAGAUAUAGUUGCUCUAUGUAGAAGCUCACAAUUACAUUGUAAAUCAAAUGAAUCAAGAAAUGGUGUUAUAUCGUUGGUUUUGUUACCACUAUUAAAACCUGUUCAGUUAUAUUAUAUUGAAUAUCAUACAAAUGUAUUUCAUGUUAUUGCCCAUUGGCUUUGGUUUCAUUUAGCUAACCCACUGUAUCAAGUUCGAUGUGUUGAAUUACUAUAUUUAAUGCAAAGCUCAUUACAUUCAAGCGACAUUGUAGAAAAUUGUAUUGGGGAAGAAUUAACAUCAAGAAAAUCAUCCGAAUUUCAUAAAUUAAAUGCAUUUAGAAAAUUUUCCCUUUUAUGGCAUGUUGGCCGAGAACUUGCUGCAAAUUCUCAAAAUGUUGGAGAUAUGUUUUACAAAUCAAUGUUAAAGACACUAGAUAAUCUAGAACUUGGUGAAAGGAAUGCAAUAAAAGUAGAAGCAGAAGGAUGGCUUUUACACUCUCUAUUAAGAGGUGAUAUUGGUCGAUUAAUAGAUCCUCUUAUAUUAUUACUACUUGAUCCAUGUACAUCCAGAUUAAGUGUCCUUCAUGCUAAAGUGAGCCCAACACAAAAUAGUGAAACAAAUGAUUAUUCAGAAACAUCAUCUAAUGAUCCAUCUGCUAAAAUUUAUGCUAUUAGUUCAGUUGAUGGAAAUGUAAUGUAUCAUGUAGCAGAUAAAUGUAAGCAAGCACCAAAAAUUACCACUAGCCAAAAUAAACGUGUAUUUGCUAUCACCACUAUAGCAGAGCAAGAUUCAUCUAACUUAUUCAGCCGUUAUGUUACUGUUAAAAAAUGUCAAAUGAUGACUCGAUAUGAACCAUCAUUGGCAGAAAUGUCUGAAUCUCAUCAUAAGAACAUGUCUUUGCUUCAAAAUAUUUCAGUUUUUGUCAAUCCCUUUUCUGUUGAUCCUAAUGUUACUAAUAACAAUGAGUUUGAUGAAGAUUAUUCUGAAGAAAAGAAAGAAAGCACACCUCAAUAUACCAUAGAAAUGUUGAAUAAAAUAAAACGCUUUAAAUCUAAUGUACAAAACACAGUACGUCGAUCUCCCAAGAGAAAACCAGAGAGUAAAAAUGUUCAAAAAUCUGUACAAAGAACUGGAUCUUAUUCUUCUCUUGAUUCUCUUAAAACUAAUCCAGUAAUGAAUUCUACAACCAUGAUGUCAUCAAUUGAUUUAUUACAUCUUUCAUCAAUAUCAGACACAAUAUUUGCUCGAGUAACUGAUGGUGAAACAUACCGUAAUAAUAUAAGAACAUCAGCAUCUGCAACAGAUAUGAAUGGUCAUUUUACAGAAAAUGAUAGUGAUUUAGUUCGAAGCUAUUCAUUUUGUGGAAAUGAACAAAUCAAAAUAGAUGCAGACGAGUCAACACCUGCUGAUGAAUAUUUUGACCCUUCAAAAUCUGAAGAAACAUCUGUUGUGCGAGAAGUACUAAAUAGUGUAUUAGAUGCUAUAAUAGAUGAAACUGUUGUACCUUUAAAUGAUGAAGAAGAUGAUGAUGAUUUAACUGAAGUUUCUGAAUCAAUCAAAGAAGAUAUUUCAAUAGCUCCACCUGAAUAUAACAUUGAUGGUAAUGUGAGAAAUAUACACUCUCAUCUAUUACUGUACUGUGGAGUAUAUGAUGUCCAACGAACAUUGUAUGCUUUUUGUACUUUAACAAAUAUGUUAAAAACAAAUGCUCGUGCACUUUUAUGUGCUGCUGCUACUACUUCUGUUCCAGUCAAAUCUCAAAUUUUGAAAUUACUUUCUAGGCAUAGGAAGUCAAUGUUUGGUAGAGGAUUUCAUGGAGAAAUUGAUAUGACAGGAAUACCAUAUAAUCGUGGAAGCAGCAUGUAUUUAGAAUUACUCAUAUCUAUUUGUCUUUAUUAUAUAAGAAGUUAUUAUCCUAAUUUAGGACAAUCUAAAAUCACACAAGAAGAUAUUGCUGGUAACCGUCAAGUACAAAUGUCAAGUGUUGAACUUUUAAGCCUUAUUUGUUGGGAAUUAAGUGGUAUCGUAAGAGAUAGUGGACGAGGUUUAGCAUGUUAUUUAGCAGAGCUACUAGCUAGAUGUAAAGCACAAAAAGUUGCGUUACACUGUUUAUUAAGUAGUGUACUCGAAAAUUCUGGUCCUGAAAGCAAGGCUACUAGUUUCACUGCAGAAAUAUUAUCAUUUAACAAUCAUGAUCCAACUGAUCAAGGAGCUGUUGAAGGUAGAAUGAAUCGUGAAUCUGAAGCAUUCCAAGCUCUCUUAUUAAGAUUAUUGCUAUCAUUAAUCAUACUUGAAUAUGAAGUUGAUAAUAGCCGUCAUAGAGGUAACAAUGUGGUAAAUGAUUCCUAUGCUGAUUUAGCUGCAGAUAAUGUAGAAGGUACUGAUGUACGUUACUUAUCUGGUAGACCAAUUCCAAUGCAACCAAUGUUUGUUACUGCAUUGGUUGCUGCCUUACAUCCAUCUGCACGUAUGAGACAUUCCCAUAUUAACUGGACAUCACUUGUGACGUCUUCAUUACCAUAUCUUGGACCUGCCUUGGUCAAUGUUGUCUCAGUAACUGUACGACAAUUAUGUGCAAAUAUUGAAACACUAGCAGAAGUUUAUGCUGAUAAUACCAAAAAUGUUAAUCUAAGGUUACCAGCAGAUUAUGCAAUUACACAAUUGGAAGCUCUUACUGUAUUAUGUCAUUUUUGUCUUCUUGAUACUGGCCAACCAUUUAACCAUCCUUUGGACCAUAAUUCUUCAGCAAAUUCAAAUACUCCAGCACAGCUGUUCAAUAAUCUUGUUCAUGUUUUUAUACCAUCUCCUCUGUUAGCUCUUCAAGAUCAAUCAUCUAACGAUGAAACUGAGCCACAUUUAGGAGCAAGAAGGUCUUUACUAGCUAUUUUACCCAGAAUAGUGGCAAGUGUUUCGCUAUUGUGGAAAGCUCUUUGUACUGGAAAACAAAGUGAAAACAAUGUAGCUGGGUGCCCAAGAUUAGUUAAAGGCCAACUUUUAGAAUUAUUAAGCCCUAUUGCUGAACAUCAUGGCAAUAGCUUUUUAACAGCAUUUUCAAUUGUAUGGAAAGAAAGACGAUCACGUACAUCAGUUUUAUCUUCAUCUAUUGUACCCGAAGCAACAGAAAUGCAACAAGUGUUAGUACAAUUAUUGAGUUCAAUUAAGUCUAUGCCGUUAGAUUCAUUGAUACAAACUAUUCAUCAAGUGGUUAAACAACCUUCCUUAAGUCAAGCAGGUCAACAAGAUACUCAAAUCAGUAUUGAAGUAAGCGUAUUAGAAUUAUUUAUUCAUUAUGUACAGCUUACUCCAGGUCAUUAUUUGGCUGAAACAUGGCCAUCUCUUCUUGGAUUACUUAAAGAAGGAAUAACAUUGUCACCUCCUUCACAAUUCAUGCUAUUAUCAGUAUUAAGUCAAUUUGUUCAUAGAGCUCCAGCUCCAUUAGCUGAUCGUAAGGAUCAGAAAGACCUCCAAGAUAUUACAGCUAAGAUGGUUGAAAGCUGCUCUCAAAUAGCAGGUGCUUGUUUAGAACAAAGUUCAUGGUUAAGAAGAAAUGUGUCUGUAAGGGAAGAUGAACUAUCAGCAGCCAACUCUAUCACUGAAAAGGAUAUAGAAAAAGUUGGAAGUGGUAGUGGAAGCAAUGCUCAGUAUAGUAUACCAGCCCAAAAUGUUCUUGCCCAACUUCUUGCUCCUUUGUUAGACAUAACAUUUGGUAACCAAGAAAAAGAAAGAGUAUGUACAAUACUCACAAUGGUCAUGUAUAAUGUAACACCUUAUUUGAAGAACCAUACUAAUAAAAAUAUGCCAAGUUUCCAUGCAUGUUCUCAAAUUUUGGCCAGCAUUAGUACCUAUCAAUAUACACGAAAAGCUUGGAAGAAAGAUGCUAUGGAACUUUUACUUGAUUCAACACUAUUUCAAAUGGAAGAUCGUAGUAUUCAAUAUUGGAAAAUUAUUAUUGACAAUUUAAUGUCUCAAGAUACAACAACUUUUAGAGAUUUUAUGGGUCGAAUUAAUAUGAGUCAAGCAAAUUCCUUAAAUUUAUUUUCAAAUAGAGAACAAGAAUGUGAACUUAGAGCCCAACUAUUAAAAAGACUUGCAUUUGUUUUAUUGUGCAGUGAAAAAGACCAGUUUCAUAAACAUGUUCCUGAAAUUCAAGAAAGACUAGUUGACACUCUCCGUAUGCCACAAUCAGGACCCGGUAUUCAUGCUCAAGUGUUCCUAUGCUUCAGGGUGUUACUACUACGUAUGUCUGGUCACCAUAUAACUUCUAUGUGGCCAAUUAUAGUUAGUGAAAUGGUUCAAGUUAUGAUACACAUUGAACAUAAUUUAAGUACAGAUUCAGAAGAGUUCAGACGAAAUACCAGUAGUGAAGAAUUGAAUAUGGCUGAAUCUACUCCUAAAGCAAAUUCAUCUUCAAGAAGAAGAAAAAAAUGGAACCAUCGAAACAAAUAUAAUUUGCAAGAAAAACAGAGUUCGUCAAAUUCUAGAAAAUCUACUGUCAUUGCCAACCAUACAAUUGAAAAUUCACACAUAAGGCUGCUAUCAGGACUUGAUUGGACAUGGGUAGUUAACAGCAAUAAUGGUCUUCAUGCUAGCAGUAAUCCUCAGUGGUUACAACUUCAACUAGCUGCAGUUAAACUUCUCAGUGUUGCCAUUCAACUUCCUGCUGAUAUUUUACCUCAAUUUCAAAUGUAUAAAUGGGCUUUUGUUGGACGACCUGAACUAUCACAUAAUGAACAAAACCUAGUAGAAUUUGUUCCACAUGUUUUAAGAAUAGCAAGGAUUAUGGAUUCAAAAUAUGGGAGUCCAAUAGAAACGUAUCCUGAUACUUUGUUGCCAACUGGUUCAACAGCCCGUACAUUACAAGAGCUUCAUCCAUUUUUCUCUGCUCUAAGCACUGGCGAGCCUCACCCAUCCCUGAAUAGUACCAUUAGUCAACUAGAGCAAGAGCUUGAGUUGGAUUUCCUAGAGCCGAUACCGUCCAGAUAGGCUGAUGAUAGUCUGCCUGAACCACCGUACCUACGACAAACUGUGAUGUUGUACAUGUAUAUAAAAAUUAAAUUAUUAUAUUAAAAAAAUUAAUAUUGUUA